AACAGCCAUGUCCAAACUCACGUGGAAGCGACUUGGAUGAAUAUAAAAAACUGGACCGUUUUUAUUCCGCAUGACAACGGUGUUUUAGCCAUUUGACAAUGAUAAAGUCGGGCCAUUGAUACCUGCAAUGAUAACCUGUGGGUGACGUCACAGAGUUCAGUAAUAUGCACUUCAUUAGAUGUUGGAGGAGAAGUGCCCCUUUCAUAACUGCUAUAAGGUCUCUUGCGUUUGCCCAUUUUCACGUACUUUCUCGUAAGACUGUCUCUUUUUAUAAGUGUUCAAAAAGUGCGGUUGAUCUCUUUGGCAGAUCUCUUCCCGUAAAAAGGUUGUUGUGUUCUAUCGGGUCGGAGGAGGACACUAUCUUUGCCCUGUCGUCGGGUCAGGGCAGGUGUGGGGUGGCGGUUAUUCGGGUCAGUGGUCCGGCAUCAGCGCUCGCUGUCCGCUGUCUGACCUCUUCGGCCCGGGGACUCCCCGCAGCCCGCACCGCCACACUUCGCAACAUUAAACACCCCCAGACUCAAGAGCUGCUGGACCGCGGACUUGUCCUGUGGUUUCCAGGUCCUGGUAGUUUCACCGGGGAGGAUUGUGCAGAGUUCCACAUACACGGGGGUCCUGCUGUUAUUAAUGGAGUCUUACAAGCACUUGGGAGUUUGCCAGGGCUGCGGCCUGCAGAGUCAGGUGAAUUCACCCGUCGGGCGUUCUAUGCAGGGAAGUUGGACCUCACUGAAGUCGAGGGUCUGGGUGACCUAAUCCAUGCAGAGACAGAGGCACAGAGGAGACAGGCUCUACGACAGAUGGCGGGAGACCUGGGUCGUGUCUAUCAAGACUGGAGUGUUCGACUUAAACGAUGCUUGGCGCAUGUAGAGGCAUUUAUUGACUUUAGUGAAGAUGAACUCAUAGAGGAUGGAAUCUUAAAUGACGUGGACACAGCGGUUCGGCAGCUGCAGACAGAGAUGGAAAACCACCUCUUGGAUCAACGCAGAGGAGAACGCCUGCGCAGCGGUGUUCAAAUGGUCAUUGCCGGAAGCACCAAUGCGGGCAAGAGCAGCUUGCUCAACAUGCUCACUCAGCGUCCUGCUGCCAUAGUCUCUCCCACAGCAGGGACCACAAGAGAUGUGGUGGAAGUCCCUCUGGACAUCGGGGGCUAUCCCGUGCUGCUGAGCGACACCGCAGGGCUGCGGGACACCACAGACAGUGUGGAGCAGGAGGGUGUCCGGCGCGCCCGUCAGCGGGUGGAGCAGGCAGAUCUGUCUCUGGUGGUCGUGGAUUUGACGCAGCUUCCUUCAGACCCUCAGCUAGUGCCUGUCUUCCUCACUGGACACUUGAGGAAUAUCCUGGAGCACUCAUGUCACAGGCAGCACUGUGUCCUUAUCCUCAACAAAAGUGACCUCAUCUCUGCAGAGCAAAACAGCAGCAUCCGAGCAUCCCUCUGGCUGGCUGAUGAUGUUCCUCCUGCAUGUUUUUUGUCAUGCCACACCAAAGAUGGCCUGGAUGGCCUCCUGACUGUAUUACAGGACAGACUGAAGACACUUUGUGGCGACCCACUGAUUGGCAGCCCGAGCCUGACUCAAACCCGGCACCGGACUCACCUGCAGAAGAGCAUAGAGGCUUUACAUCAGUACUAUCAAUACAAGGACGUGGACUUGGUGCUGGCGGCAGAGGGCCUUCGAUUGGGCCUCAACAGCCUGGGGAGGAUCACUGGUAGAGUUGGUGCUGAGGAAAUUUUAGAUGUGAUUUUCAAAGACUUUUGUAUUGGGAAAUAGAAUCAUAUUUUGAGUGUAAAUGGAGUAAAAAAAAAAAAAAAAAAAAAGCUAUGCAUGUUUGUUUUAUUUAUUAUUUUUGAGUUUUAAUUAUAACCUUAAAAGAAAAAUUAGGGGGGCCUGGGUAGCUCAGCGAAUAAAGACACUGACUACCACCCCUGGAGUCACGAGUUCGAAUCCAGGGUGUGCUGACUGACUCCAGCCAGGUCUCCUAAGCAACCAAAUUGGCCCGGUUGUUAGGGAGGGUAGAGUCACAUUGGGUAACCUCCUCGUGGUCGCCAUAGUGUGGAUCUCGCUCUCAGUGGGGCGCAUGGUGAGUUGUGUGUGGAUGCUGCGGAGAAUAGCGUGAAGCCUCCACACGCGCUCUGUCUCCGCGGGAACGCUCUCAACAAGCCAUGUGAUAAGAUGCACGGAUUGACGGUCUCAGACGCGGAGGCAACUGAGAUUCAUCCUCCGCCACCCAGAUUGAGGCAAGUCACUACGCCACCACGAGGACUUAGUGCAUUGGAAAUUGGGCAUUCCAAAUUGGGGAGAAAAGGGGAGAAAAAUCCCCCCACCCAAAAAAAAAAAAAAAGAAAAGAAAAAUUAGACUGAAACAUUUAAAAGUUGUCUGCUAAAGUCAUGGAAUUUUGUAAUGGAGUUUUCCAGUCAUGGACUGUGAGAAAAUGACUUAAAUUAGUUGCUCUUGAAGAAUGUUGUUAGUGUAACAUUACAAAAUAACUUUGACCAUGUUGCUGUCAACCUUUUAACAAAAUGUAGAAAUCAUGGGACCAGUCGGGACUCGAGAUAAGGGUUCGUUCAGGUGUAGCUAACAUUGCAAAGUCAUAUUUUGUAAUGACACUAAAAGUAUUACUCUCAUAAACUUACCCCAGUCACGAGUGGGUACAGGUCACAGUCUCUGCUCACUCGCGACAAGUACUCCACCAUACUUAACCACUGAAUUAGACCGCCCUCCAAAAUCUUGCCCUCCAAAAAAAGGUCCGCAAACUCGAAUGCUCAAAUUGACUGACAUCCAGGAACACCUCAAAGUCUUCUGAUUGGCCAAACAAUAUAAAACGGAUAGUUCUGGUCCUAGAUGUUAAUUGGUUAAUGCAAUCACAAUAACCGUUUUAUAAAACAAUAAGGCACUCAGGCAUACUGCUGCACGUUGUAUCUAACAGUGCCAUUUAACGUUGACUAUAUUAGCAAUUUAGCACGACCUCUCACACCUUAUUGCUUUAGCACCCCACAGUCAAUUUCAGUAAUAUCGUUCAGCUAGAGACAUUUUCUUGAUUAGUAUUCUAUAAAAAAAAUAAAAAAAAGCAUAGGCAGUACUUUAAAACUAUGAAUGCUCUGAGUUUUUUUUAUCUUUAAACUAGCUAGCUGUUAAUUUUUAGUAAUGUGAGCUAGCUAACUAGAAUGAAUAAUCCAAGUUGACUAAAUAAAAUAGAUUAGCUAACUCUGCUAGCUAACUAUUGCUGCUAGUGUCAUGUGUGCAUAGCAUGAUCAUAGACAUUCUUUUAUGAAGGAUAGUCACAGUUUCAGAAAUUCAGUUUUUUGCAGCUAACCCUUAAAUAUUACAGUAGUUGGCCACAUAAAAGGUAAUGUCUUAAAGAGUGGGAACCAUGUUUAAUUCAAUUGCUCAGUAACCUUGGUCUGUCAGAAUGAUGUUGAUGCUAAACUUUACGGUUUUAUUCUGCAAUGAGGUUUAAAAUCUUAUUGUGAACUUUCGCAAGUUGACCAGUGUAAACAGUCUAAUCAUAAAAGCUCACUGA